GCUUUCAAGUCAAACACCAUUCUUUCCCAGCGCUCGACUGCUCUCUGCUCCGACGUCCUUCCUCCUCCGCCGCUCCACCUCCACCUCGCCGCCAUCGCCGCCCUCACUCCGUGCUCCUGGUGUCCGCUUUCAAGUGAAACUCCAUUCUUUGUGAGCGCCGCCGUGUCGCUCGGCCAACACCAUGUCUCGCCUCCACUCGUCCGCUCCGAUGCUCCUUCUCCGCCGCCGCUCCUCCUCCACAUCCACCUCGCUGCCCUCACGCCAGGCUCCCCACGUCGCCCUUGCCGCGGCCACGGAGCGCGCCUGCUCCGGGACGCUCAGCCCUCAGGACGCACACGAGGUGUUCGACGAAUUGCUCCACCAGGACACUCCGGUACCAGCGGGCGCCCUGAACGGCUUUCUCGCUGCCCUCGCCCGCGCGCCGGCCUCCACCGCCUGCAGCGACGGCCUGUCGCUGGCCUUCGCCCUCUUCAACCGCAUGCCACGAGGCGAUGGCGCGCCGGUGCCGCCGCCCACAGUCCACACGUACGGCAUCCUGCUCGACUGCUGCUGCCGCGCGCGGCAUCAAGACUUAGCGUUUGCCUUCUUCGGCCGCUUCCUCAGGGCGGGCCUCAAGACAAACAUCGUUAUCGUCAACACCCUCCUCAAGGUCCUCUGCCACGCAAAGCGGACAGAUGAGGCUCUGGACAUGCUGCUUCACAGGAUGCCGCAUCUGGGCUGCGUGCCUGAUGCCAUCUCAUACAGCACAGUUAUCAAGGGCUUAUGUGAUGGUAGCAGGAGCCAGCAUGCACUCGAGCUACUCCGGAUGAUGGCAAAACAAAAAGCUGCCUGCUCCCCUGACGUGGUGUCAUAUACCACGGUUAUCCAUGGAUUCUUAAAGGAGGGUAAAUUCAGCACGGCAAGCAACCUAUUCCAUGAAAUGGUGCAGCAGGGCGUUGUUCCUAAUGUGGUGACAUUUACCUCGAUGAUUGAUGUGUUGUGCAAGCGUGGAAGAAGCAAAGAAGCUAGACAGAUUCUGGAUUGCGCGAUUCUGAAGGGCCUCAAACUGAAUAUCGUGGCAUACUCUACCAUGCUACAUGGGUACGCUACAGAAGGAUGCCUUGUUGAUAUGAAUAAUCUCUAUAACUUGAUGGUAGGAGAAGGUAUUGUACCUAACCAAUAUGUUUUCAACAUAUUGAUCAAUGCACAUGCUAAGUGUGGAUCGGUGGAUGAGGCCUUUCUUAUCUUUGAAGACAUGCAGAAACAGGGAGUGAAACCGGAUGUUGUGACCUAUUUAGCCAUGAUAGAUGCGUUUUGCAGAAAGGGUAGGAUGAAUGAUGCUAUUCAACAAUUCAACCAGAUGAUUGAUAUGGGGGUACGGCCAGAUGUACAGACUUAUGGGUGCCUGAUUCAGGGUUAUUGUACACAUGGUGAUUUAGUGAGAGCUAAAGAAUUGGUUCAUGAAAUGAAGGAAAAAGGCAUCCGUUGUCCUGACGUUAUGUUCUUUACCUCAAUAGUGAACAACCUAUGCAAAGAAGGAAGGGUGACAGAUGCACAAGAUAUCUUUGACUUUAUGAUACAUAUAGGUGAAAAGCCCAAUGUUAUCACAUUUAGUUCACUGAUUGAUGGAUACUGCUUGGUUGGCAAGAUGCAGAAAGCACGCAGGGUACACGAUGAUAUGGUAUCGGUUGGCAUUCAGCCGGAUGCAAUUACGUACAAUAUACUUAUUGAUGGAUACUUUAAAGCAGGAAUGGUGGAUGCUGCGUUGACUCUAUUCAGAGAAAUGUCAGAUAUGGCAGCUAAACCGAAUACUCUUACUUAUAGCAUCAUAAUGGAUGGAUUAUUUAAGGCUGGUAGAACUGUUGCUGCAAAGGAAAUGUUCCAUGAGAUGGACAAAAGUGGAGUGAGAUUGUCCAUUUAUACAUACAAUAUAAUUCUCAGUGGGAUUUGUAAAAAUGGUUGUGCCGAUGAAGCAGUCAUGAUGUUUGACAAGUUGCGAGCAAUGAACCAUAAGUUUGAUAUUAGAAGUCUAACUAUUAUAAUUGAUGCAAUGUUUAAAGUUGGAAGAAUAGAGCAAGCUCAGAAUUUGUUUGCUGCAAUACCAGCCAAGGGAUUGGUACCUACCGUUAUAACGUACACUACGAUGAUGUCAAACCUUAUAGAAAAAGGAUUGAUAGAAAAAGCUGACAGUAUAUUUUCAUCAAUGGAGAGGAGUGGUUGUGCUUCCAACUCUCGUAUGCUAAAUAUUAUUAUCAGAAAGUUACUGAAUAAAGGUGAAAUAGUCAGGGCCAUCAAUUAUAUGUCCAGAGUUGAUGGGAAAAGCAUGUCGCUUGAAGCUUCAACUAUUUCCCUGUUGAUAACUCUCUUUUCAAGGAAAGGGAUAUACCAUAAGCACAAAGAUUUGCUCCCAGAAAGGUAUCAGUUUUUGGAAGGAGACAUCCACAGUUGACAUGUACUUAAACCCUUGAAAGGCAUGCUUAAGAUUUUCAUUGCAAUGAGUCAUUUCUGCUGGUACAAGAAAUGCAGGCUGCUGCGAGUACAAAGAUGAUCAGAGGUACAACUGAUUACAUUUGUUACAAAAAUGGCUUCUGGUGACUGGUGGUGAUUGUUCAAGUGGAUACAUUCAUUUGUAAAGCCAAGAACAUCACAGUAACGCUCUUCAUUCUGCCCUAGUAGACGAGGGCCACUGGCGAAGCUCCGCUGGAUUCACCUUCCCUGCCACAGCAACAACCCCAGUGUCGACAUCUCCCACCGAUCUCUCGACUCCUGUUGAACCAAAGGAAAAAUCAGGCAAAACGUUCCAAGAAAGAACAAAUCAAAG